AUGUAUGAUGCAGUGUCAAGAACUGACAUAAGAUCAUCAAUCGCAGGAGUCGUCACAGAUAGUAAAAAGAAUCGUGGUGGGGUUUAUAAACUCCUCAAAACUUCUGGCAAAGUUGAUGAAGUUGUUAUAGGAAUUCCUGGAUGCAACAUGUUUCCUAAGGGUAUACAAUUUGCUAACACACCAUGGGACUGUGCAGUUGAAAAAUUUCAUCAGAUGCGUAAUUACUACCCUACUUCUAUCGUUAUUUCAGGUGUUCAUAAUGUGCAAGAAGUCACAAUUCAGUGGGAGAAUUUUAUUUCGGAAUUGAAGCUUACUAUAUCACAACCACUGGUCGCCUAUAAAUUGACUAGUGAAUUUUUAGUAACUAAUUUCAUUGAAGUGAACGUUGACCCUUGCUUAUGUUUAUCUUCUCUUCUAUCAGCAAAUUUUUUUAACAAGUGCAGUAAAUUAGAUACGCAUGCUUUCGGUUUACUGAUUUCCGUUAUCAAGGAGAAAUUUGGUUAUAUUGGUAUUCAACGUUUUUUUCCAUAUAUCUUCAAACCUUUGCUUUCUGUAGAGUUAAGCGUAUCGGAAGACGGAAGUUAUUCGCUGUCGCAAAUGGAACUUCUUAACCAACUGAAGAAAUUAACUAAAUUUUGUAUUAUCAUUUUAUCCUAUGAUUUUUUCUGCUACCUGUCAAAUUCAACCCAGCUCAUUUCUUAUUCGAUUGGAUAA